AUGUCAAUUUUUAAAUUAAAAAAUGAUAUGGUAUCUGUAAGUCUUAGUGGUGUUGAUAAAAAUAAUUAUAGAUGGUUUGCUCGAGAAAUGCAUCAGGAUGAUAUACAAAAUUAUAAACGUUUAUUAUCUGAUGCAAAUAUUAUGAAAUAUAUGUAUCAAGAAAGGCAAUUGGAAA